AAUCAAAACACUUCAUAUAUUUUUCCAAAAAGAUUUUAUGAUGGGACUUUCAAAAUCUUGAGAAAAUCUGUAAAUCUACUCUAAGGCUGUUCUCUUUCAGCUCGCAUUCCCUUUCAAUGGCUUUCAAGAAAAAUGAGUCAAUAAGCUGGCUGAACCUGCAGAACAGCCUGCCCGUGUGGAGCCGUAGGUACCGACGGAACACGGCGGGAAAUUAUCGGAACAAACCGCUGAGCAAGCUCAACAAGUACGACGUCGAGAUUGAGGAUUGCCUGUGGUCACUGUGGGGCAAUCUUCACCCUGAGGAACGCGUCUUCCAGAGGAGAUCACGUGGACGUCAAUAUCUCGCCAUCUACGUGGUAGCCUGUUGUGCGGCCAGCGUUUUCAACCUGGCAGAGUGGAGCGGCCAACUGCUGAACAAGAUUAUCACGAGUGGCACUAAGUACUUCGAAGAGAGCAUCUCAAAGGCAAAGAGCAAAUGUAACGCUUUACGGAACAUGAGCAGUGACUGCGCCCUGGAAUCCAUCAAGUUUGUCGUCUAUAUCGACCAAGUCUGCUGCGGAGAGCUCUAUCGUUAUCCCACACGUAGCCAUAUGAAUCUCUGCGAGGCGCUAAACUACUUCUUUAACCACCACCAAUUCGGCAUUCUGAAGGUGCAUAAUCGUGCAUUGGCAAUUGGACUUUGUUUGGGCGAGAAAGGAGGUUACUUCAUGUACGACUGCCAGGAGAAGGGUCAUCCGGUGUUUACCAAGCAGAAGGGUGGCUCGUACCUGCUCCGCACACGCCACUUACAUGUGCUGCAUUACUGCAUCGUCGUCACCCUGAAUGUGCAGAGCGAGAAUGUUAAAUUUGGCAUCCACCGGGUGGCGAUGUUGCGUGAUGAGGCCCCCCUUGGAGCCGAGGAGGAACGGCGUUUUCUCGGCGACGGAGAUCAAUAGAGAAGUGAGAUUCUAUCUUAAGUAAUGUUUAUAAAAUUGCUUUACAAUAAACUGGACAAUCAC